AUGGACACCUCGAGAUCAGCCCUUGAAAACUCGGACCUUGACAAGCUCAACGACAAGGACAAGCUCGAGCUCCGCCAAUUCCUCGCCAACGAGCAGCAGAGAUCCCAGAUCCAAUCACAAACCCAUGCGCUCACUGAAAUCUGCUGGAAGAAGUGCGUCACUGGCUCGAUCCGCAACUCCAAAUUGGAUAAGGGCGAAGAGGGAUGUCUGGCCAACUGUGUCGACAGAUUCCUUGACGUCAACUUUUUGACGAUGAAGCACCUCAACAACAUGCGCUCUGGUUAA